AUGUAUCUGACUGUGAUACAAGGCGACGAAAAGCUGCCGACAUGUCACCGCUGCGAAAGAAGCGGCCGCUGGUGUGACCGGACAGCCCCAUUGAAGAUCCAUGCCCAAAAGAAUGGUGGCAGGAGGGCGACCAACGGAGAUGUCACGGACAGCAUGGGGCAAGCUUCUGCUGAGCGAUUUGACGAACCUCGUGUACGACUUCAGGACGAGGAGAUUGCCCAUUACUUUGGACACUACCUCAAGACACUAGCUCCGUGGUAUGACCUCAACGACCUUGGGCAAGCCUUUAGAGGAAUUGUAGGGAGCAGAGCUCAGCAGAGCUCCUUACUUCUCAGUGCCGUCAUUGCAUUUGCAGCCAUGCACAAAAGUCGAACGUGUCACGCUGUGCCCAAGUUGUUGGCAGAGAGACAUCAUGCGCACUGCUUGCGGCUCUUGAUCGGAAUCACCGAGUCCGCCCCAGCGAUAAAGGACGGGACAGCCUUGGCCGCGACGUGUUUGCUGCGAUCGUAUGAAAUUCUAGGAGAGGAGGAAGAUCCGAAUCGCCAUCUUUUUGGGGCAUUCUCACUCAUACCGUCCCUGUCUUGUGUCCUUCCAGAGGAACCACUUCUCAGAGCCGGUGUAUGGAAUUACCUCCGCGAAGACAUCACAUUCUCACUCAUCAAUCGGUGUCCUUUGAAGAUCGAAGUCGGAGCGUUAGACAUCGUGCUGCGUCGCGAUGAUGACUAUGCAAACCAAAUCACGCUCCUGUUGGCCCGUGUCAUAAAUGCCGCCUUUGCAGAUGGCUCGAGCCUUCUCGUCGAGUUGCAAUCAGCCGUCAGUGAUUGGAAUUUGUCCGUACCGUUCCAGCCUUACCAUGAGUCCCAUGACGGCGUAUUUCCGAAGAUCCAGAUGGUUGAGGAUUGUCAUGUCGCUGCAAUGCAAUAUUGGCAUGUCGCCCAAAUCCUGCUAGGUCUGAACUCUGGAAACACAGUGAACUUUGAAGCGCACGCCCGGAGCAUAUGUGGCAUGGCUUUCUCUGCCUACAGUGACCCUGUCAUUGUAAACUCAUAUGGCCCAAUCUGCUACAGCGCACAAUGGCUGUCGAGAGACGACGCUAGACGGGAAUUGGUCGAUCGACUGCUAGACAGUCAGAAAAGAACUGGGUGGCCCGUUGAAACCAUUAUCAAGAAGCUGAAGCUAUGUUGGGCUGAAAAAGCAAAGAAAUGA